CUCCAACCGCCAUCAUGCUGCGUGCCCUGGUCGCGUCGGUGUUGCUGGUCGGCUGCUUCGGUGCCCAUCUUCGCAUUGCAAGACCGCGUCUUGAUGGCAGGAUUGUGGGCGGUGAUCCGGUGGACAUCAAGGAAUUUCCUUAUCAGCUCGUCUUUCUCUACAACGGCAAACACAUAUGCGGUGCCGCGAUUAUAAGUGAAAAUUAUGCAAUUACUGCAGCUCAUUGCGUUGAUGGCAAGCGCGGCAGCGGCGGGUUCGUGACGCAGGCCGAGAAGAUCACCGCUCACCCGCAGUACGACUACUACACCAUCGACUACGACAUCGCCGUGGUGCGCGUGGCGACGCCGUUCCCGCUGGGGCAGGAGGGCAUCGCCGCCAUCCCCCUGGCCGACGCCUCCCCCGACGCCGGCUCCGCCAUCACCGUCUCCGGCUGGGGCACCCUCCGCGAGAGCGGCCCGCUGCCCGACCAGCUGCAGGCCGUCGACCUCCAGGUGGUGGAGCACGCGGAGUGCAACCGUGCCUACCAGCUCUUCGGCGGGGUGACGCCGCGUAUGCUGUGUGCCGGGGUGCCGGGCGGCGGCAAGGACGCGUGCCAGGGCGACUCGGGCGGCCCGCUGGUGGCUCAGGGCCAGCUCGUGGGCAUCUGGCUGUGUUGCGCAGCGGCGGCCCCGCGUGGCCUGCUGCGGCGUCGGCCGCUGCUGGACCAGCGCAUCGUGGGCGGGCAGGCCGUGGCCAUCGAGGACUUCCCCUACCAGCUGUCGCUCGAGUUCUUCUUCUUGCACAGCUGCGGCGCCUCCGUCAUCAGCCCCAACUGGGCCAUCACAGCCGCGCACUGCACCGACGGGUGA